UUCUACCUUGAUAAUCAGCAGGUUAACCUGGAAAAAGAUUUCUAAUUGUUAAAUAUAUACAAUAAAAUUAAUGCAACUAUAAGCUUCAUGGGUCUUCCAAGAUUAAAUUACUUAAAUAAUGUUUACAAUUGGUCUAAUUAUGCCAUUACCAUCUCGAUCAUCAUCAUCUCCACCAUCUUCCUUAAUCAAUUACAAUUAGCCUAUGGUAUUAGCUGUUUUAGCUGCUCAAGUCGUAACUUAACUCAUUCACCUUGUCAUGACCCCUUUCACCCGGCAAAUGUCACCUACAUUCAACAUUGUAAGAUCGGAAAGGAAAGACACAUUGGUCAAUUUCCGGCAAGUUUUUGUGUCAAAGUGAAAGGACGAAGUGGUGCAACUAAUGAGGAAUUGGUAAUUCGUACUUGUUCAAUUGAAAACAUGGAUAAUCAAUGUGGUACAUUUAAAUUUAAUCGCGAAACUUUGGCCGGUUGUAUAUUAACCUGUUCGACUGAUGGUUGUAAUAACUCAUCAAAUCUUAAAUUAUCUUUUUGGACAAUUACCAUUCUUCCAAUUCUAUGGUCACUUACAUAAUUUAUUUAUCUAAAUAUUUAAUUAACUAAUUGCAAUCAUUUAUUUCAAAUGAUUUACCUUUUUGCUUCUUCUUCACCUUAACACAAUUUCCACAUUUGGAAAAUGGAUUCUGACAAUUGAUUAAUUAUCGGAAACUUAUAACGAACAUGAUGAAACAAUUUACCUUUAAUUGUGGAUAAAGUGAAGGAGCAAUAGUUAUUAAACUAAUUAAAUGGAACCAAAAAAGUCAACAAUUAAUCAAAUGCAAUUUAAAAUGCCUGAUUAAAUAAUUGACCAUCUCUAACUAACAACAAAAACAAUUAAGAAAACCAUGUAAACAAUUAUAAAUAUUACCAAUUGAAGAAAAAUAUUUAAUUGUUACUAAAAUUGUUUCAAUCAUCUUUUACAGAGUUUAAUUAACAAUUAAUUAAUCCUGUAAUACGAUUGUAAUUUGUUAAUUCAAUAGGUUAGUUAAUUGUAACAAAAAAAACCAAAACAAAGCAAAAACCAAAUGAGCAAACUAUUAAUUAAAUAACAUUACUGCUAA